GAGACGUGAGGAAACCUGAGGAAAGUCUGUUUGGUGCACAUCUACAACAGGUAGAGGAUAGCAGUGUUCUUCUCCAAACAUCUCCAGGAGCUUCCAAAGACCAAAGACCUAAACACCAAAGCUGACCUCUGAAACAUGUUCUAAUUCAGAGGCUUUGGACAAAAAGACAUUUUUACAGUCAGCUGAUUCAACUGUAAUCUCCAGUACUGGCAGAAUGGGAAAUUAUGAUGACGACACCGCCUUUCUGGGGCAAAAGGGACCAUUUUUUCUCAUCCUUUUCUUUCUCUUGAAUGCCGUCUACAUUUCCACGGGGCUUCACAGCCUCUACAUAGUUUUUGUUGGGGCUUCACCGUCACAUCACUGUCGGAUAGCAGAUGGAAAUCUGACUGAAGAAUGGCUGAAAGCCAGUAUUCCCAAUGAGAUGGUCAAUGGAAAACUGCAGCCAAGUCAGUGUUGGAGAUACAGCCUGGAGACGGUCAGAAACCUGUCUGCACAGGGUUACUCUCCGCUGGAGGUCAAUCUGACAGACAUUACACUGGAGACGUGUGUGGACGGAUGGAGCUACAGCACAGAAAUAUACCACUCCACCAUUGUCUCUGAGUGGGAUUUGGUGUGUGACAGCGAGUGGAAAGUCCCGUUCGCAAGCUCAACUCUAUAUAUGGGCUACUUGCUGGGCUCUCUUGUUUCUGGACAGUUUUCUGACAGGUUCGGCAGGAGGAAGGUUUUCUUCAUGUCACUGGCAGCAGAAGCACUCGUGAUGCUCGCGCAGUCCUUCUCCGACUCGUGGCUGGUCUUUUGUGUUCUGUAUUUUUUUGUUGGCACAGUCCAAAUAUCCGUGUACAUCACAGCAUUUGUUCUUGGCAGUGAAGUGCUGAGUGAUACCAUGCGUGUGUUCUUCACAUCGGUGGGAGCGUGUCUGCAUUAUUGCAUCGGUUACAUGCUGCUGCCGUUGAUUGCCUAUGCUGUCCGAGACUGGAGGUCACUCCUGAGGGUUCUGUCUGGCCUGACCGUGGUCUUCAUCCCUCUGUGGUGGCUGAUCCCGGAGUCUCCGCGAUGGCUUCUCUCUCAGGGACGCGUGCUGGAGUCUGAGGCCAUCGUGAGAGAAGCAGCAAAGAAGAACAAAGUCUCUGCUCCAGAGGUCAUCUUCAUCCAGUCUGAGGUUAAAGAGCCGACAUCCCAGAACAGUAAGUACAGCCUGCUCGAUGUGCUACGGACCAGAGACAUCCGCAAAACCACGUUCCUGUGUUUACUGCUAUGGAUAGCCAUCAACAUUGGAUAUUUUGGCUUGUCCUUGAACACCCCUAACCUCAGUGGCGAUCCCUUCCUUAACUGCUUCCUGUCUGCGGUUAUCGAGGCGCCUGCCUACAUCAUGUCAUCACUUCUCCUGAAGAUCUGUCCUCGGAGACCCGUCCUGUCUGCUUUCCUUGUCAUCGGAGGAGGAUUUCUGCUUCUGCUGCAGCUGAUUCCUGAAAGUCUGAAUACUCUGGCACUGGCGUUAGAGAUGGCCGGCAAGUUUGGCUUGACCAUGUCCUUCACCGUGGUUUACAUCUACACAGCGGAGCUGUAUCCCACCGUCCUGAGGAACCUGGGCAUGGGCUUGUGCUCCUCAGCCGCUCGCAUCGGCAGCAUCACCGCUCCUUACAUCAUAUUCCUGGGUACUUUCAACAAAUAUCUGCCCUACAUCCUGAUGGGAAGUCUGACCAUUGCUUCCUCAAUAGCAAACGUGUUUCUGCCAGAGACGUUUGGAAAAGUGCUGCCCGAAACUCUGGAACAAAUGCAGAAAAGCAAACCUUUUAUUGGAAAAGAUAAACGCACCUUGGAGGAAGGGAAAGGAACAGUCAUUGUGAAAGAAGAAAAUGUGUGAAAGGAAAAGUCGACGGCUACACAGCAGGAAAAAUAAAUACAAAUUCUCCUCUGGACAUGAAGACAUUCAGAAGAUCCUACAUGGCCCUCGUCGAUGGCUUCACAGAUUUAUUGGCAACUCUUGAUUAAAUGUGAAUAAAUUAUGUCUACAGGUCAUUUUUACAUUGAUGUUCUUUUUUGUCAUUCUGUAAUUGUCAUUAUAACAUGAAUUUAUUUUCUUUUUUUAAUUUACCAUUGUAGUUAACAUAAUUCAAAGAUAUGAAUAGUUGUUGU